GUGAUUGGACAGCACUUACGCGAGGGCGGAACACAUGACGCCACCGUCCUCCGAGUAGAGAAAGACGCCAUUUUGUUUUUUAGCGGUGAGGAGGAGAACCGGAAAAAAAAUCGUAGCGAAACUGCACCAAAAGAUCCGCCACCAUGGGUAAUAUGUUUGCAGGCCUCUUUAAGAAUCUCUUUGGGAAGAAAGAGAUGAGAAUUCUGAUGGUGGGCUUGGAUGCUGCUGGAAAGACCACCAUCCUGUACAAACUGAAACUAGGAGAAAUAGUCACCACCAUCCCAACUAUCGGUUUUAAUGUUGAGACAGUAGAGUAUAAGAACAUCAGCUUUACGGUGUGGGAUGUGGGUGGUCAGGAUAAGAUCCGGCCGCUUUGGAGGCACUAUUUCCAGAACACACAAGGCCUGAUAUUUGUUGUGGACAGUAACGAUAGGGAGCGAGUGAACGAGGCAAGGGAGGAGUUGACGAGGAUGCUGGCGGAGGACGAGUUGAGAGAUGCCGUGCUGCUCGUCUUUGCAAACAAACAGGAUCUGCCCAACGCGAUGAACGCAGCCGAGAUCACAGAUAAGCUGGGCCUUCAUUCCCUGCGUCAUCGUAACUGGUACAUUCAGGCCACCUGCGCCACAAGCGGGGAUGGCCUGUACGAAGGGCUCGACUGGCUCUCCAACCAGCUCAAAAACGCUAAAUGAUCCAUUCCACCCUCUCCUCUUCUGUCAGCGCUGUGUGUAUGAGUGUGUGUAAAGGGUGACAGCACUGGUUUCAGUCUCCCCGGUUGCCCAGUUUAUUCAUAUCUUUCUCUUGUCCAGUCUUGUAUACGUCAGAGACUUAGCCCAGUGCUGUCUAAAAUACACAUGCAAGUGUGUGUGUGUGUGUGUGUGUGUGUGAGUGAACUGAGGGUGGGAGUAGCCCUGCUGUGCCUUUCAAAAUAGACACUCAGCGUACAGCACGGUUCUCUCUUUCUCUCUCUUCUCCCUCCUCUCCCCGUGGUUUUCUGCACGCAAAGAAUGACCCAGGAUGUUAAAUAUUUCUGUUACCUAAUACACUGAAACCAGACUAUAGGCCUGAUUUUUCCCUUUCCCAAUGUUUAAAGCAAUCACGCAUGACUAAAAUGUUACAAGGUGUGAGUUGCCAUCCUUUGACCCCACAUUUGAUAAAACUCAUUGUAACCUGCAUCAGGUUGGGAAAAAAGAAGGAAAAAAAAUCAGACAAUAAAGUGACAUUUGUUUUUCAUCCA